GCCGCCUGGCUCAGGACGUUCACCCACUGGGCUGCCUUUGCUUCACCUCAUUGUCCACACAUCACCUGCUCUCCAGCUCCAAUGAUCCCUCCUCCCCCUUGAAGCCCUCCGGCCCUCUCCUCCACCUCCAGCAUCAGACCACUUCCUGCUACCCCUCAGGGAAGGAACGUCUCUGUUUCAGCCAUCCGAGUGCCCCUGAGGCAGGGACGCAACCUGAUCCCAAGUCCCCAGGGCGCCAACGGCUGAGCCGUCUGGCAUCAUGGAGGGGCUGGUUCUAGGCCUCUGGGCUUUGCUGGUGUCUGCGGAGUUUGGUGGAGGUUCAGCAAAGCCAGGUCUGAAGCUGAGCUGCUACCAGUGCUUCAAAGUCUCCAGCCCGGCGUCGUGCGAGCCCACCGUGUGCAACUCCACAGACCAGGUCUGCGUCUCCAACGAGGUGUUCGUCAACCUUGAUUCAGUGAAGGGGUUCUUCCUCAGCAAGCACUGUGCUCCCAGGUGCCCCAACACCAACAUGAUGUUUAAGUGGGUCCUGAAUCCUGGGGUGGUCAACAGCAUCACCAGGAAGUGCUGUUCCAGAAACCUCUGCAACAGGGCGCUCGCCUCCCAGGGGAGGCCCUGGGCUCUGCAGAUGGGGUUUCUGCUCCAGGUGGGCCUCAGCCUCCUCUGGGCCCUGCUGUGAGCACCUUUUCCCAAGCCUGCAGGCCCCCCCAUCCUCCCACCUCCCACCUCUGUCCUGGCUCCAUCCUUGGAGACACUGGGGUGGACAUUCCCUCUCUGAGGGGGUGCGAAAGGUGCCUUUGCCUCCACCUAGGACCUGGCCACCUCUCUCAUCCUUGGCAAGGGCGCUUUGCUCACACAGCCCAAGCUGAGCCUCAGCUGCCCUGGCAAGAGACAGGUGUUUCCCAGUUUGGGGUGACAGCAAACUGUGUCAGGUCCCUUGCCCUGAAUGGGCUGUUCAAUGCCCUGUGAGGGGCAGGAAGAGUCCAGGCAUGCAGAGGGUGGCUCCUGCCCUCGCUCUGGCUCCAGCUUGCUCUGUGACCUUGGGCAGCCCCCUCCACUCUCUCAGCCACCUCCAUCCAUGGGGCCCAGGCAGAGUCACGCUGCAGGUGUCCACUGGUGUGAGACCAUGACCCUCACUCCUUCCAGAGACAAUAAACUCUUUGCUCCGC